CCUUUUGUUCUAUAUUCCAUCGUGCUCUGCCUGCUGUCGUCGUAUAUUGCACCACAUUGCAAAUCGCUGCCAAAAAGUUUCGAAAUUUGUGAUUAAAUUAACCUAUAGUAGUACAAUUCGCAUCAAAAUGCCACCGAAGAAAAAGGGCAACAAAAAAAAUCAGGACUGGGACUCGGAUGAGUCCGAGCAGCGGACGGCAGUCGACUCAAAACCGGUCGCUGGUAAGAACAGCAAAGCAAGCAAGGGAAAGGCUGCCAACGUGGAUUCCGACGAGGAGCAGAUUCCGGUUGGCAAGGGAAAGCAGAAAGCUGUUGCGAGUGCUUCGAUUCCUGUGCCUGCCGCUAAGAAGGGUGGCAAAGGUAAGAAAGGAAAGGGUAAAAACGACGACUGGAGUGACGAGGAAGACGGUAGACGAAAUGCGGUCAAGGUGAAGGACAUCGACAGUGAGGAAGAGGAGGAAAGUAUGGCAAAGGUUGCGAAACCGGCACAGAAAAAGAAACAACCGGCCAAGGGGAAAAAGGGCAAGAAGGAUGAUGAUUGGUCCGAUCGGGAAGAGAAGGAAAUUAAACUGGAGGAAUCGGAUGAGGAGGAUGUUCCGGUUAUGAGCAGUAAAGCUUCCAAAAAGAAGGGGAAAGCGGGAAAGAAGAAUAAGAAGGUGUCCUCAGAGGAGGAGGAGGAAGAAGAAGAUGAUGGCAGUGUUUCAGAUAGUGAAGAGGAACCAGUUCCUGUUCCGGUGAAAGGUGGAAAAGGAACUAAAAAGUCUCAAGGAAAGGAAAUAAAGCAGGAAUCUGUUGAUGGAAGUGUGAAGGAAUUAGAACCCAUUUCAGCUCCAGUUGAAAAGAAGAAGGAUUUAAAGCCGGAGUCUGAAAAGAAACCAGAACCUGAACCAAUAGUUGAACCAGUUGUUGAAGUAGAGGUACUUAAGGAGAAAGAUCCUGAACCAUCACCGGAACCUGAGACAAAUGAAAUAAUCACGGAGGAAUUGGCCGAUAAGGUUCAGGAGAUGGCCAUAGGUGAACAGGAGAAAAAGUUAACCCAUAAGGAGAAGAAAAAACUGAAAAAGCAGGAAGAGUUCCAGAAACAGAUGGAAGCCAUGACUCGAAAGGGUGGCCAAGGGCACUCCGAUUUGGAUAGUAACUUUACCAUGUCCCAGGCUCAGAAAAGUGGAAAUCAGAGCAAACACAUGGACCACGCCGUUGAUAUUAAGAUUGAAAAUUUUACCAUUUCAGCUAAGGGUAAUGACCUUUUUGUGAAUGCAAAUCUGUUGAUAGCCAACGGACGUCGGUACGGUUUGGUGGGACCUAACGGUCACGGAAAGACAACGCUGCUACGACACAUCGCGAAUCGGGUUUUCGCCAUUCCGCCGAGUAUUGAUGUGCUGCUUUGCGAGCAGGAAGUUGUAGCUGAUGAAAAUUCCGCCGUAGAUACCGUGCUCAAGGCGGACGUCAAACGGACUGCUCUUAUGGAGGAAUGUAAAAAGUUGGAAGAAUCGAUUGAGUCGGGAAAGCUGGAACUUCAGGAUCGGCUGCAGGAAGUUUAUAACGAGUUAAAAGCGAUCGGAGCUGAUUCUGCGGAACCACGGGCUCGCCGUAUUUUGGCCGGUUUGGGAUUUUCACGAGCCAUGCAGAACCGUGCAACGAAAGAUUUCUCCGGAGGUUGGCGAAUGCGAGUUUCGCUUGCUAGGGCCCUGUUUCUCGAACCGACGCUGCUGCUGCUUGAUGAACCGACGAACCAUUUGGAUUUGAAUGCCGUAAUUUGGCUGGACAAUUAUCUGCAAGGGUGGAAGAAAACUUUGCUCAUUGUGUCCCACGACCAAAGCUUCUUGGACAAUGUGUGCAACGAGGUGAUUCAUUUGGACAAUAAAAAGCUUUACUAUUACAAAGGCAACUAUUCGAUGUUUAAAAAGAUGCAUGUUCAAAAGCGCAGAGAAAUGAUUAAGGAUUACGAGAAACAGGAAAAGCGGAUCAAGGAGUUAAAAGCACACGGCCAGUCUAAGAAGGCUGCCGAGAAAAAACAGAAAGAUAAUUUAAGUCGAAAACAGGAGAAGGGUAAGGGUAAGAGCCAGAAGGUAACGGAAGAAGACGAAGGCCCUGUGGAGCUGCUUUCCAAACCGAAAGAUUACAUCGUCAAAUUUAGCUUUCCAGAUCCACCGCCGUUACAACCGCCAGUUCUCGGACUGUACAACGUCAAUUUCAAUUUCCCGAACCAAAAACCACUGUUCAUUGGAGUUGAAUUUGGUAUCGAUAUGAGCAGUCGUGUGGCAAUCGUUGGCCCUAAUGGAGUAGGAAAAUCCACCUUUUUGAAACUGCUAGUGGGAGACCUGACUCCUAUCGUUGGCGAGGUUAGACGAAAUCAUCGGCUUCGGAUUGGUCGCUUUGAUCAGCAUUCCGGAGAGCAUCUUACCGCUGAGGAGAGUCCUGCCGAAUACCUUCAGCGACUGUUCAACCUGCCGUACGAAAAGUCCCGUAAAGCGCUGGGUACUUUUGGAUUGGCCAGCCAUGCACAUACGAUUAAGAUGAAAGACUUGUCCGGUGGACAGAAAGCUCGAGUAGCCUUAGCAGAACUUUGCUUGAAUGCUCCCGAUGUUCUUAUCCUGGAUGAACCGACCAACAAUUUGGAUAUUGAAUCGAUCGAUGCCUUGGCGGAAGCCAUCAACGAGUACAAGGGAGGAGUCAUAAUUGUUUCGCACGACGAGCGACUUAUCCGCGAGACGGAGUGUUCUUUGUACGUCAUUGAAGAACAGACGAUCAACGAAAUUGACGGCGAUUUUGACGCUUACCGUAAAGAAGUGCUGGACAGCUUGGGCGAAGUCAUCAAUAAUCCAAGUAUAUCGGCUAACGCAGCCGUACAACAGUAGAAACAUUGUCUUGUCAUUAUUCAUUCUUAUUACACCGUUGAAAACAAAUCUUAACACGUUAAUCACUCUUA